AAACAAAAAGGCAAAUAUAGUGACAACAUCACAUGCAGUUUGGACUUGGGAUUCACUCUAUCCUCUGUCUCCGUUUAUCCCUAUUCUUAAACCCUUGAGGUCCCUUGAAGUCUAGGGCUAUUUGAUCCUGAGCAGAAUUGAAGUUUCAAGUAAGUGAAUUUGAGUGAAAGGAAGUGAAUAUCCUAAAGCUUUUACCUAAGACUUGACAAAACAUGGAUCAGCAAGGAAACGGACAACUUCCAGCUGGUCCAGUUCAAGCUCCUCAAACAGCUGGCCUUCCUGCCUCUUCUACUCAGAUGGCGCAACACCAGCUUGCCUAUCAGCACAUUCACCAGCAACAACAGCAGCAAUUGCAGCAACAGCUCCAGAACUUUUGGGCAAACCAGUACCAAGAAAUUGAGCAAGUGACUGAUUUCAAGAAUCAUAGCCUGCCAUUGGCCAGGAUCAAGAAAAUAAUGAAAGCGGAUGAAGAUGUUAGAAUGAUUUCAGCAGAAGCACCAGUUAUAUUUGCCCGGGCCUGUGAGAUGUUUAUCCUCGAGUUAACCCUGCGUGCGUGGAACCACACAGAGGAGAAUAAGAGGAGGACCCUUCAAAAAAAUGACAUUGCAGCAGCCAUCACUAGGACUGACAUAUUUGAUUUUUUGGUUGACAUAGUACCAAGAGAGGACUUGAAAGAGGAGAUGCUUGCAUCAAUCCCCAGAGGGCCCCUUCCUGUUGGAGGUCCUGCAGAGGGUGUCCCUUACUACUACAUGUCAGCCCAGUCUGCUCCACCGGUUGGAGCUCCAGGGAUGUAUAUGGGUAAACCCGUUGAUCAAGCUCUUUAUGGCCAUCAGCCUCGUCCUUAUAUGCCUCAGCAGAUGUGGCCACACCAACAGCAACCACCUGCCGAUUCUUAGGCAGAAGUGAAGAAUUAUCCAACUGAGUUGUGAGAGAUUUUUCAGAUCAAGUACUGGAGACAUACCAAACUGAUAGAUGACUGCAUAGAGAGACUUUAAAAGACAGAAGAAUAUGUGUUGCACCUUUGUUAUUCCUAAGUUAUGUAACUAAAUUCUGCACAAAUUCAGUUUUAAGGCUUAAGUAGUGUUUAACUAUGUACUAGUUAAGUUAGAUUGUCAUGGUUUGUGGCUAAUAACAUGUACCAGCCUGUUUGGGCUGCCUACUGUCCAUGUUUUCCAGAUUUGCGACUGAUCUGUCUAGUUUGUCGGUGUAUCUUUCAA